AUGAAGCUCUCGCUCGCCUCCUCUCUUGUCUACCUGGCCGCCGGGGCCUACUCUUCAGUCGCUGCGCCGCCGCGAGGGCCGUCUCUCGCACGCCGCGACUACGACACGGCUAUAUCGGUACUGACGAGUGUAAAGGACGGCUUCGGCUCGGUCGCAGAUGCCGCAAGGAACUUCGAGCACGACGCUGGGCCUCUGAAGGAAGCCACAUCGCGCCUCCUGGCCGAAGUUGACUCUGGCACUGCGAAAAUCACCGGCAUGAGAACCUUGACCACCUGGGAUUGCCUUUACUUGGUCCCCCUGGGAAGAGGUGUCCAAAAUGGAGCCUCGAGCCUCGCAGACAACCUCGAGGCGGAAAAGGACGCCUUUGAGCAGCAUAACCAGUGCGCAACCGUGCACAGCCUUCUCCGUCUCGGUGUCGGUGCCAGCACCGAACUGGUUGAUGCCAUUGCGGCCAAGGUUCCGAAAUAUUUAAGAACAACAGUCGAGACGCAAGGAAGUGUGAUUUCUCAGCAUCUCGAGCGUGCCCAGGAGAUGUUUGCGCCGGAGAACUGUGUCGAUUCCCAGCUUGUUCGGUGA